GGUGGACGACAAACCCAGAACCAAAGGAAUGGAAUAAGUAUACCUUUGGAAAAGCGUACAGAGAACGGGGUAUGUAACAGAUGAAAAAGGUUCUGGUUCAGUUCCACUCACAUAUUUAAUGUUUUAGAAAUUAUUGGUUUGCAAAAUCUGUUGUGGUGGGAAGUAGUGGAAAAUGUAUAGAUCUUGUUCUAUUGUGAUUUCAUAAAUAGCUGUCAAACUUCUGUCUAAAAAGAAAUUCACUUCUGUAACAUGAGAAUUCUUCAGAGUCUUACUAACUGCUGCAUUUUAUCAGCUGCCUUUCUCUGUCUUAUUUGUGUGAGAAAACAGUCAGCUCUAUUAUACUGCGUACCACUAUUGCCUGUCCAGGUACCUUGCCCCUCACCCUCUUUUUUUUAUUACUAAUAUUGAGUUUGUGACUCCACCUCUCAUGUUAAAAUGUGGAAAAGUAUUCAUGGAUUAGGAUGUUUUCAGAUGCCUACAGAAGAUACAAACCUGCAAUGCAACUUCCUUGUGCUAGUUUAAGCAGUAGUGAGUUGAACUCAUGAAUUAACACUUGUUUUAUCAUUGUGGAAUACUGUUGAUUUCUAAAUAUACAUAGGGCUCUUUCUCUUUGUUUAAAAACAAAACUAAUUGUAUUUUCAAGUUGAGAUAUCUUAAAAACAAACCAAAACCCUGAAAUUCUGAAAACAAUUGUGCAAUUUAAGUGAUUCUGAUUCCUAAUAAUUGGCAUCUAAAAUUCACACAUACAGCUAAAUAUGCUGAAAGGUUGUGAGAUAUUUUUUGUCCAUUCAGCUGUUUAGUCAGAUUUCAGCUCUUGGCAGUUGGUUUUGUAUGUGGUAUUUGGGCCUAGUGGAAGGAAUUUUUUUUUUUCCCUCUCCUGUGUGGAUCUGUUUAUCCUACUUCCAUUGUCAUGUUGUCAGUGUAGUGAAAUCAUGGGAGUACAGUGUCCUAGGGGAACAUAACUCUUUCGUGACCUCCUCGUUCCUCAUAGCCCAUAUACUUCAAUUGAGAUACAAUACAUUCUGGAAAUUAGGACUACCAUGAGCAGUACAACUUUUAAUCUUACUUCCUGGGAAUACUGAACAUUAUGAGAGCAUCACUUUUUUAAUUUGAUUUGCUGUUAAUUUUAUAGGUACAACUCAGAUCUGGUAACGUGAUAAACGUUGCUACCUAUGUGCCGUUCAGUAUAUACUAAAAAAGCAUAACAUUUGACCAUAAAAGUAAAAUUUACUGGAGAACCGAUCACUUUAAAAUAGACUUUAAGCAAGUUCCUGAAAUUACUAAAAGACAAGAAGGACCUGAGGGGAUUAUAUUAAUACAAGUUGUGGGUUUUAUGCCAAAAGUGGUACAACUUAGGAUUUGAAAGUUACAAAACUCAGAUUUUUCAAUUAUACUAAGUUUUAAAUUGGAGGGGGAGGGGAAAAAAGCGGUGGCUGCAGGAUCAAGGAUUUAAUCAGCUUACACUUACGUAAUGCAUUAGGCUUAUUCAUUGUUACUGGACUGCUGAAUGUUAGACUAGCCCUAAAAUCAAUACAAACCAAUGGAACAUUGAAGACAGCUCAAACGUUAUCAAGUGUUCUUCACUGAGGUAUAUUUGUAUUACUAUAUGUAUUGUUUUAAUGAUGAAAUGGUUGAUUUUUAUUUAAUAUCUGGAUAGAGCUGAAAGUGUGGCAUGCAUAGAAAACUUCUAGAUACAUGUUUGCUUUCGUGUUUGAAUCAAUAGUCAUGGAAAAAAAGUUGUAUGCAAUCUGUCUGGAAUUCAGUUUGGAUAAUUUUAUGAAUUGGCAUUUUGUCAUGCAGUGUUUUUACUGUUCUUUGAAACUAUGUGUUUGAUCAGCAAUUGUUUAAAUAAUGGGGAGCUUAAAAUCACAAAAUUAUUUAAAUGCACAAAUUUUAUCAGGUUAUCUUUCAAAUAAAGAUUUAAUGUUAAAAAUAGAAUGGGUAGGGUCUCUUCAGAGAGUGAAAUGCACUAUAAAAAGAGUAUGUAUCAGUAAGUGUUCAUCUGAGAGCUUUGCAUUUGCAGAGCAAAGUGAGAUUGUAUAAACUUGAGUGUUUCUCCCUGAGAUGACUUCUUUCUGAGUUUGCUGAUGUUGACAACUUCUGGAAGUGGAAUUAAGCUGUAAGUGGGGCCUGAUCUCUUUCUACCACUGUCCUGAAGAUAUAUGUAUGUGAAGAUAAGAAUUAUAAAACCAAACAUUUUCCUUUUCCAAGGAGACUGGACAGUGUCUCAAAGAGAGAUUCACUUCGCUAAAAGAAACCUGUCAGUUUCUUUUGCAUAUGUAACUGAGUCAGUGUGAUUUCAACAUGAGUUGUAAAAAGGGAAGCUCUAAUUAAAGAUUGAUGAAAGCGUUUUAUUAGUGAGAGCAGUUGGUCUUUGGGACAGAUUGCCCGGAGUCUGUGGAAUUUCCAUCCUAGUAGAGGUUCAAAACUUACUCUGAUUAUGUCAUUAGCAAGCUGAGCAGCUCUCAGUAGGGGUUGUUGAACCAGGUUGCAUCCACAGGCUUCUUUCUACAUAAAUUAUUUUCUGAUUUGAUGAUGCUGAUGCUGGAAGUGCCCUCUACCGUUUAGUCACUUCUCACUUGUUAUCAGUGACCAUGAAACAGUGAUCAUACAGUGCUAGGUGUUAUUUUCUCCCAGAUGUCUUUGCAUUAUCCAAGGAUUGUUCUGUAGGAACGACAGUGGUCUGAGCACAGUGAGAAAGAGCAAAUAUAGUUGUAGCCACUGGAGGUCAGUGGUACACAGGAGAGCGACUGGGAGCCAUCCAAUGUGGUGCAGCUACCAGUUGUCAGUGGGAAAAAUAAAUUGUAGUCUUACUAUAAGGAAGUCCUGGAAAGGGGGCUGACCAUAUGAAAACAGUUGUCCAGACAAAAAAGUAAUCAGAUUACUGAGAUAUUUGUUAUACAUCAUUACUUCCUCAUUUGAAAUGUUAAAGGAUAAACAGCUUAGUCUGCUCUUCAAAUCUGAGCUACAAAUACAACUUAAUAUACGCUUAUAAGUAUUAAGUAGUUUCUGUUUGUAACAUUUAAGAGUGUACUUGGAAGAGGCUGCCAUUCGUGUAAGACAAGUUUUAAUGAUGUUUGUUUAAAAUGAGCAAAUUACAGUGUUAGUCUUAGAAAUCUAGAUCCUUUCAUGGGUCUCAGCUGUCAGUCUAAACAGGUAAUUUCAUUAAAGAACAACAGAAGGAAUUCUAGCAAUCUGCAGGGAUUUUUAUUUUCUUGAGGAAACUUUCUUGCAGGCCUCGUGGAACAUUUUGUUCAUAUCAAAAGCUACUAAUUAAAUAAAAUCCAUCUCUUCCCAGUUUUCUGCUGCAACUUUGUAUGUUACUUCUUGUAAGGAGCCAAGACUAUCAUAUAUGCCACUUUCACUAAGAGACUUCACAGGUCUGAGACAUGCAUUCCUAAAGUUCUCUUUACUUGUCAGCUGUUAGUCAGUUUAGUAGAUCUAAUGACAAACUGUCUGAGGAGAAUCCAAAUUCAUCUAAUGCAUUUCCCAGAAUGCUUGCUCUUUCUCUUCAAAAAUAGAAAAACUAAUCCAACUAAAGAUCUUGGGGGGAAAAAAUAAAUUAGUAGGGAAGAAAUUACAGUCCAAAGCUAAUGUUGAUGCAAACAACUAGCUCUUGAAUUCUUGCUGAACUAGAAAUCCCAGUCUCCUCACACCUCAGUAAAGGACAGUUUAUGUAGGGUAACGUCUCUAUAAGAUUAAUAGUUGUGUCAGCUAAUAGAAAGAACUUCUCUGAAACUGUAGGGAAUUCAGAUGCUCCUGACCUUUUAUCUCACUCUGAGUCCUUUUGUAAACAUUCUAGGCAAAAUCACAUCAUUCUGGGAUUUGAAAUACCUUGAAUAAUGUUUGAAUAUGUUCUGUGAUUUCUCAAAUGUAUUUCAGUUCAUAAUGGACAAAAUUACCAGAUGCUUCCAUUUUAUGAGAAUAGUCGUCACAUUUUACUUACUCUGUGAUCAUUUUUUUUAUCAUUGUAAUUGUAAUAGCAUUAGUUUAUGACUAAUAAGCUAAUACAUGACUUAAUUUGCUUUGAGGAGUCUAAAGAAAAUUUAUUGGGAACAGGAGACACUCUUUGUACUCAGCCUGGAAAGAAACAUUGCAAUCAUUGCAAAGUUCCAUUGCAAAGGAACUGCUUUGCUCCAUGCCUUCUCCAUGUAUAUAGAUAAUUUUUGAUCUCUGUAGAGUUAGAUACCAAGAAGUCUACCUAGAUGUCCGUAGAUAUGUGAGAUGCUCAUAAGUACUUUUUAUUUACUUUUUUUCUAUGUAUACUUAGUACUUUUUCUUGUUUGUCUGUCAUCUUCUCAUCUAUCUAAAUUCCAUUCAACUCUUCCUGUUCCCCUUCUUUUCUCUGAGUAUUGGGGCUUGGCAGUGUUCACUGGCUUUUGUAACUCUGCUGCUCUUCUGGGCACCAAAAGAUAAUUCUGUUUGUCAAGUUACAGGGAACUUGGCAGCCAACAGGUGGCCUCUCAUUUUGCAGGGGAAGAAAGGCCUACACUGUACCAUUUACUCAGUCUACAUGUUUAGUUUCCACUUUUGCAGAUCUGACUUUGUUUUUCCUCAGGUGUGGUUUGUCAGUUUUACAGCUGUGGUUAGCUGUGGAUGUCCAUGGAAGAGGGAGGAUGAGAAGUCCUUCAAAUUUACUUAACCUCAAACUAUGAUACAUAUUUUCAUAUAUUUCUCAUCCAAGGAACUUGGAGUAACACAAUUCAUCAUUUCCCUAGAUUUCUAACUAAAUAAAGUGAAGAAUUGCAUCCUGUUGUUACCACACAUGGAGAUCUGAACUUGCUUGUCCCUUAUGUAAAGGUAGAAUAGUUUAGAAUAUAUGGAUGCAUCAACUGACACAACAUUAUGCACAUUAGGUCAUGAAGUUAUUACCUGAGGAGUUCAUUUGUUAUUUUUCAUGAAGUACUGCUGUUUUUUUCCCAGUCCUUACACUGACGAUUUAACUUUAAUGUUUUUUAACACAGUUGUCUUUUUUGAAGUCGCGUUAGUGUAAUUUUUAGUUAAGCUAAAUAACUUGAUAAUAAGUUAUUGUUAGGAAGAUGGGACUUAUCCUCUCCUUUAUUUCUGUCAUUCCUUACAGGAGACAGAUUAUGAAAAUCACUGUGUCAGUAAAGAGCUCUAAGAACUUUAGUUGUUGAAACUUGAGAGUUUAGCUUGUCCCUCCAUCUCUAAACAAGAUUUCAGUUCUUUCAUCUCAUUUACUUAAACGUGUUACCUGCAGAUAGUAUUUUCCACAGUGUAUGUAUGUGGUGGCUUUUUGUUGUGUGCAUGUGUGUGAGUGCAUUUGUGCGUAUGCAGUGGAACUCUGGCCUCCUUUCUCUGACACACCUUUAAAUGUUCAUUUACGCAUUCACUUAGUUUCCUGUCCAUCAAGCCAUUUGGACACGUAAUAUACCUACUUCCCACCCAUAUGGAUUUCCCAGGCAAGAGAAUUAUUCCAUUCCUCUGUCUCCACAACGGCCUCAUGAUCCAAUUGUAGUUAGGUUUGUUCCCCCUGCAGUCUUCCUCACAUCAAAGUGCAGAAAAUGAAAGUCCCUGUGGCUAAUUUAGGAGCAGGGGAGUUCAACUUGUUUUUCUUCUCUUAUUCUUACUGGAUGAUUCUUCUCUAUAGUUCAUACCUUUCCUUUCUUGCUAAAAAUAAGCCUGUUCUUUGUGCAGCUGGAAUAUUCACUAUAUCGUGCUUUGACGUACAGUUCUUCAGUGUCUUUAUGGAGAUCCAUUUGGCUGGAUCUCUUGUGUAAGUGCACUGAAUCAUACUUGAAUUCUUUUCUUGAAAGAAUGAAGAGAGAGUGAACUUGCAUACCGUUCCUGGCAGUUAUAAGGUUGGGAACCCACGUGUUGAGCUCACUCUUUCUGAACUUCAAGAUAUGGCUGCCCGACAACAACAGCAGAUUGAAAACCAACAGCAAAUGUUGGUUGCUAAGGAGCAACGUUUACGUUACCUGAAGCAACAGGAGCGUCGUCAGCAGCAGUCUGUUUCAGAGAGUGAAAAGCUUCAAAAACUUAAAGAACGCGUUGAGACCCAGGAGACAAAGUUGAAAAAAAUCCGUGCCAUGAGAGGACAAGUGGAUUAUAGCAAGAUCAUGAACGGCAAUCUGUCAACUGAAAUUGAGCAUAUAAGUGCCAUGUUCCAGGAAAAGCAGCAGGAGCUACAAGCUGCAGUAUUAAAAGUGGAUCAACUUACCCAGCAACUGGAGGACUUAAGGAAAGGGAAACUGAAUGGGUUUCAGUCUUACAAUGGACAAGUAACAGGACCUGCAGCAGUCGAAUUAAAAAAAUUGUAUCAAGAGCUACAGAUUAGGAACAGGCUUAAUCAGGAGCAGAACUCCAAGCUCCAGCAGCAGAAGGAACUCUUAAACAAACGUAACAUGGAAGUGGCAAUGAUGGACAAGCGAAUCAAUGAGCUGCGUGAACGACUAUACAAGAAAAAAGUUGAGGCACGUCAAAAAGAAAACAUUCCUUUGAAUCGUAUUAAUGGAACUUCAUCACCCCAGUCAUCUCUGAGUGCUUCAGGAAGGGUGGCAGCAGUGGGACCGUACAUCCAAGUUCCAAGUGCUGGCACUUAUGCUGUACCAGUAGAUCCAGUCAAACCACAGUCUCUCACCGUUGCUUCUAGCUCAACACAUGGAAGAUCAAAAUCUGUAGAAACAGACUGGGGGUGUGUGAAAAAAUCUCCAGACACCUGGAAGGUUUCUGAUUUAGACAUAAUAGCGGAUCCUAUUCUGUCACCUCCCACUUCUCUUCAGUCUGCCGUUCACAAUGUCAUCCGUCUGGCACCUACUGUCUUUGACACCCAGCACUCUAAUGAUGGAAACUGGCCGCUACUUAAGCAGAGCUCAGCCCCUGUGGUAAAACCCCCUCAGAUCUCCAACGCAGACUGGAAAGAAUCGAGCAUGGAUACUGCUUUAAAACAAGGAACAAUAUCCAGUCAACCUUUGCCAACUUCAGCAUUAGGAAGUACUGAUAAGCUGGGUCUUGACUUGGGGAAAGUGCCGCCAACAAUUCCCGGUGUAAGCAAGCAGUUGCCUCAAAACUAUGGGACCUAUCCAAGCCCAGUUCCCUUAGGAACAGGUUCUACAAAUUCUCUAGAAAGAAGGAAGGAUGGCAGUCUGCCCAGACCCGGAACCAGUAUAGCGAAUCGACAAAGGCCUGUUCCGCUUCCGCUGCCAAGCAACGUACAUCAACCCAGUUCCUCACAACAAAUCCAGCAGAGAAUUUCUGUACCUCCUAGCCCUACUUACCAACCCUCUGGACCCCCCUUGUUUCCAGGAGGAGAUGGCAGGCCAGAACUUCCUUUAACUGUGGCUAUCAGACCUUUUCUAGCUGACAAAGGAUCAAGACCUCAGUCCCCCAGAAAAGGGCCACAGACAGUGAACUCCAGUUCCAUCUACUCAAUGUAUCUUCAGCAAGCAACACCACCAAAGAAUUAUCAACAAGCUGUAUAUAACACCUUAAAUAAGUCAGUAAAAGCAGUUUAUGGAAAACCUGUCCUACAGUCUGGUUCAACUUCUCCCUCGCCACUGCCAUUCCUUCAUGGCUCUUUGCCUGCCCAGAUUUCUUCACAGCCACAAUCUCAGCCUCAGACUGAUGUCUCUGAAAAAGAUCAAGAGCUGGAAAAUGCUCCACCAUCCAGUGAAAACAGCAAUGUGGAAAACAUUCCUCGCCCUCUCAGUCCUACUAAGCUCACACCUAUUGUGCAUUCACCCCUGCGAUAUCAAAGUGAUGCUGACCUUGAAGCUCUGCGAAGAAAAUUGGCCAAUGCUCCUAGGCCAUUAAAGAAGCGUAGUUCUAUCACUGAACCAGAAGGCCCAAGUGGACCAAAUAUACAAAAAUUAUUGUAUCAACGCUUUAAUACUCUUGCUGGAGGAAUAGAAAGUGCCCCUUUUUAUCAGCCAAGCAAUCCCCAGGACUUCAUAGGUAUCUUAGCAGAUGUUGAUAACGGUAACGCUAGUACCAAUGGCAAUAUUGAGGAACCUAUUUCUGUGCAACCUACAGUUCCCCUUCCUGAUGAGCCACCCCCUUCAUCAGAUGCCAAUGAUAAUGAAUUACCUUCUCCUGCUACUGAGGAACUGAUAAGCACUGAAACUACAAAUCAAACAUCUGAGACAACUGAAGAUAACAACAACAACGUUGCUAUAGUUCCUUCUACCGAAGAGUCGUCCAGUCCCACGCCAGAGGUCAGCUCUCCAGCAGAAGAGGAAGCUCCUUUGCAACCUGCUCUUCCUCCUCCACUUCCUCCAACCAAACGUACCAACCUGAAGAAACCUAACUCUGAAAGAACAGGCCACGGUUUGAGAGUGAAGUUCAAUCCAUUGGCCCUUCUCCUAGAUGCUUCUUUGGAGGGAGAAUUUGAUCUCGUACAAAGAAUCAUAUAUGAGGUUGAUGAUCCCAGUAAGCCCAAUGAUGAAGGAAUUACACCUUUGCAUAAUGCAGUGUGUGCUGGUCAUCACCACAUUGUGAAGUUCCUGCUUGAUUUUGGAGUAAAUGUAAAUGCAGCAGAUAGUGACGGGUGGACACCUUUGCAUUGUGCAGCUUCUUGCAAUAGUGUUCAUCUCUGUAAACUAUUGGUUGAAUCUGGGGCAGCUAUUUUUGCUUCAACUAUAAGUGAUAUAGAAACUGCUGCAGACAAGUGUGAAGAGAUGGAAGAAGGUUACAUUCAGUGUUCUCAGUUCUUGUAUGGAGUGCAGGAAAAGUUGGGAGUGAUGAACAAAGGAGUGGUGUAUGCACUGUGGGAUUAUGAAGCCCAGAAUAAUGAUGAGCUGUCGUUCCAUGAGGGCGAUGCCAUUACUAUUCUAAGACGCAAGGAUGACAAUGAAACAGAGUGGUGGUGGGCCCGCCUCAAUGAUAAAGAAGGCUAUGUGCCUAAAAACCUUCUUGGGUUGUAUCCACGAAUAAAACCUAGACAGCGAACCCUUGCUUGAAUUCAGUCGUACAACAGUGCAAUACCUUGCUGGUAACUGGAAACUUAAAACAUACACUGGAGCCAUUGUUUUUGAUCAUUUCACAUGGAGAAAUAAAACUAUGAUACUUAGUUUUAAUGGUGCUUUCUCUUGUUAAAUGGACAGCAUCCAAGAGUUUCAAGAUCUGCAGUUUGUAAAUGAAUCUUGUUCUAUGUGACCCACCACUGAUGAGGAGAGCUGUAUCUCCACUACCUACAGUGUUCCGCCAACUGUUGUCUAAAGCGGUGUAUUGAGUUGAAGUUCAGUGUGGUAGGAGCUUUCUUGUGUUAAAUGUUCAGAGGUGUCAUUUGCGAAGUGCAGAUAAGCUGUCCAGUUUGCUCCAACCCCACAGUAACUGUCCCAUGUCAGGAUUUUGGAUGUUUUUGUUCAAUACCAGUGAAUGUUGAGUUCUCUCAUGACUCAUCAACUCUUUGGGUUCUAGGACACGAGAUCUUCACCAAUGCCAUUCAUCAGUAAGUACUCACCAAAGCUUUAUGAAGGCUAGGAUUAAGUGUUAACGUGCUUUUGCACUUAUAUCCUAGUUUAGGCAACCCCAACAAAAGCUUUACAUAGUCUAGCAUCUAGUAUAAAUCUGCAUUUAGAAUCAAGCUAGAGAACUAACCAAACAACAGUAUUAGUACACUUUUCAAAGCCCCUACACGAUAGUUCACUUGGUGUUAUAUUUUCUUAUUAUUCAGCCUACAGCACCAGUGUUACCUCUACUAAUGUAAAGGUUCCCCUAAUAACCACUGCGGUUUGUCCUUUCUGGACAGAACAAUUAAUAGUGAACUUGCAGCAGCUUAAAGGAUUUGUACGUCUGCAUGGAUGAAAGUGCAAUAGUUGAGAAAGGUGAGAGUCUGGUAAGGGUAAUACUGUAUAAUUUUAAGUCUGCCCAGGUCAGUCUAGAAGAAAAAAAUGAAGGACUGAAUAGAAGUAGGAAGUGAGGUGUGAAGAGAUGCUGAGUUAAGGAGAAGAAAGAAAUGAGGUAUUAUAAAGAAGGAUUUAAGGAAGGCAAAAGAGCCAAUUUGAGGACAGUUUCUGUGGUUCCUGGCAGCCUCCAUCUCUUGCCAAGGCAAGUUAUGCAAUAAUCUAUUCCACUACGUUGUAGUUUCAAGCAAAAAAAAAAAAAAAAGAAAAAAAAAGCACUUCACUGGAAUUUUAAUUGUACAUGAUUUUAUAUACCAAAAGUAUAUUUUGGAUUUCCCAUUAUAAGUUAAGUUGUAGCCAUAUUUCUUGUAAUUUUCUCCCAUUAAACAGUAUGCAAUUUGAUUAAUUCCUCAUGUACAAGUUCUGUGUAUAAUUUAUAUAUCCAUUUCUGCAGUGCUGUAAUUUGCUUUUACCACAGGUUAGCAUUAACUGUAUAUAUUGUGGUGAAAAGUGAAAGGGUAUUAUUGUUGAAGAAUUUGCUACAUGAAUGUCAUGACUUCAAGAGCCUCCGAUACACUCAUGCAGAGAAAAUGUAAAUGUGCACAAUAAAGUACUGCUAAGGCGUGG